AUGUCAUCUUCUUCUGAGAGUGGAGUAGCCGACACGAUAGACCUUAUGGCCAUAGUCUCAGAUGAUGAGAUAGCCACAGACCCUGAGGUUUUCACUUCAGACACUACGAGCAGCGACGAUGAUGACUUUCAGCCCUUCGCUUUACCAGAUUUUGGAGAUGACAUACCUAUAGCUGAUGGUUUUCAUGACGGGGAUCUACUUCUUGUCCCGAUCCCUGCUCCUUUUCCUCUUGCUGCAUUUCCUUUGGAGGAUCUGCCUCUAGAUGAUAUGUUUGACGACGACAUCGAUCUCUUUAUCGAGGAGAUUCCAGUCGAUGAUGACGUUGUUGUUCCGCUUGUCGAGAUUCCAGUCGCUGAUAUCAUUGAUGUUCCGUUGGUCGAGAUUCCUGCUGUUGAGAUCUCAUCUGACCAUUCCGGUCCUGACUCAUUCGAGUCCCCACCUUUUGAGGCACCUAUCAUUCCUGACGAUCAGCUCUUUGAUAUACCCGCUGAUCUUGAGUAUGUUCCAGCUGACCCUGAGCCUGAGAUUGUACCAGAGCCUAUACCUGCUCACGACCCUCUACCUGUGCAUGACCCUAUCCCUACUGAUGUACCUAUUUCUGCACCACCUUUGCCUGACCCGAUCCCUGUACUUGUUGAUCGUGCUCCAUUUGCUACCCAUGUAGACCCCAGAUAUGCUCACACCCGCAAUGGGUGGAUUGAGGACGACAGCGACUAUCCUCCUUUUGUUCGACCCGUUACUCCCCCACCAGCAUCUACCCAGGCACCCGUUGAUAUCGCCCCAUUUCACCCACAUGAGUCCGACAUUCACCCCACAGAUCUACCAGUUACAUUCCUUCAGGAUAUCCUUCCUCCCCAUCCAGGGGAAGGACAAUCGCGUCAGCAGCCCAGUCAGAUACCUUCUGUGUCAGCAACCGAUCAUUUCAUGCCACAGUUUACACACACCGCUCCUUCUUCUGCACCCACGGGCGAGCCACAGAUUUGGUUUCCGCCCAACGUGAUGCCUAUAUCUGAUCCAUACCAUCCCUUCCACAUUGGAUACUCGAGGGAUGAGUUGCUUUUGUCGCUACAGCUCCAGCAGGAGAUCCUGUGUAGGAGAGUUAUGGAAUUAGAGAGGAUCCCGCGUCCUCCGCCUUGUCAUUGUCAGUCACCAUUCACGACUCCACCGGCUCCACUUCUACCAUAUCCUGAUUUUGAUGUCCGUUUCCUCACUAUGGAGUAG